UGAUGUUAAAGGGGAUCAACACUCUGUCAAAAAGUAUUUCACUUUGACUUCAGAAUACCAUGAUAGUGGUUGGGCACCUGCCACAAUCUCAUCAAGGGGGGCGUAUUGGGGUCUUAGUCAGCAGAUGAUAAAUGCCUGUAAACUGCAUUAUUAGAUAAGAUAACGGAGUUCUUUGGUUUUCCUACGGAGAAAGACCUGUGCUUUCUUUCAUCACUUUUAGUACACAGAAGGCCACCGUCUACAUCCACUUAUUUUUUACUUGAUUUAACCAUUUUUUUAUGACUGGGUGAUGAAGUGGUUCUGAGGCAACGCAAACAGGAAAUUUCAAUCAAGCAUCUAUCCCCCUGUUCAAAGAAAAACAAUGAGUGAUUAUGACGAUGCCUACAAUGACACUUCGUAUGAGAAUUAUUCGCAUUAUGAUGAAAUGGGGACAGUACACAACUUGCCACUUGUCAAGGUAGACCAAUUCAGUAUAAUUGUAGCUGUGCUGUAUACCAUCAUCUUUCUAUUGGGAGUCUCAGGAAAUAUUUUAGUCAUCUGGAUUGCGGGAUUCAAGAUGAAGAGGACUGUCAAUACCACCUGGUUUCUGAGUUUGGCCGCUGCAGAUUUCCUCUUCUGCUUAUUCAUUCCUUUUAAUGCUGCAUAUAUGGCCUCUGGCCACUGGCAUUUUGGACUAGCUCUCUGCAAGCUGAUCUCAUUUGUAAUGUUUAUCAACAUGUUUUCCAGUAUUUUCACCCUGGCAAUCAUCAGCAUCGAUCGCUUCAUCUCAGUCAUCUUCCCAGUGUGGGCCCAAAAUUAUCGUGCUCCAAAAACAGCCUUUGUGGUUGUGGUCGUCAUUUGGUGUGUUUCCUUUCUUUUAAGUAUUCCUUCUCUUGUGUUUCGCCAAACUAUUUCUAAACGCGAAAAAAUAAGUUGCUUCAACAAUUAUGGGGAAAAUAAGCAGAAAGAAAAGAACAUGAUGAUUGUCCUUAUGAUCCGUUUCACCUGUGGCUUUGUAAUUCCUUUUCUACUUAUAACUUUUUGCUAUGUUGUUAUUAUAUUCAAACUGAAAAAGAACCACAUUGCAAAAUCUUCUAAGCCUUUCAAAAUUAUGGGAGCCAUUAUCUGUUCUUUUUUUGUUUGCUGGGUUCCUUAUCAUAUCUUCACCAUCAUAGAAAUUGAUCAUCCAAAAUACAAUAUGAACAUACUAAAUAUUGGAAUGCAAUGUUCUGUACUUCUUGCUUCCAGCAACAGUUUCCUCAACCCUCUUCUGUAUGUCUUUAUGGGCAAAGACUUCAAGCACAAAUUGCGACUGUCAAUUAUCUCCAAGAUGGAGAAUGCAAUGAGUGAAGAUACACAUACCACAAACAGGAAGUUUUCAAAAGUAACACUUUCAUCUUAUGAUAAAGCAUCUACUGCCAUUUAAAUGUUAAACCUAGACAAUUUUACAAAAAUGUCAUGUGAUAGGUUUUAUAAUUUACGUUUUUAUUUUAUAAACUCUUUGGCCAUAGUUUUUCAGGAGUAAAAAAGCUUUCAAGAACUUGCCCUUCUAUGUGUUCAGGUGGUUACAUAUACAUAUAUUUUUGUAUCACAUAGAUAGAAAGAAAUUAAUUAUAUUGUACAACAGGUACAAAGGCAAUAAUUGAAAUGAGCAGAUGUCCAUUCCUUUUCAUACCAGGAAUAUAUGUAUAUUCUGCAAAUACUGAAUGACACACAAAUAAAAUGCUCUUAUGCUAGUUAGGUGUACCAGACUAUGUUUAAUAAGCAUGCUUAGUACUAAAAGCACAGUCACAUAUUAAAAAAGACUUCAGUCAACUCAACUCAAUAAUACUCAAGUAUAGUAAACCUUAUUUUCACUGUGAUCCGAAGUCUAUGAUGCCAUCAGAUAUGUUAUCACUUAGUGCAUCUCUCCUUGUAUGUUGCAACAUUAACGUCAUGUACAGAGACACCACUAGUACUAACACAGCCUAGAACAAUGCACCCAAUACCAAAAUGAAAAUGCAGAAACUGUGUUUUGUAUCCUCCUAACUUAAUCUUACUAUAACUGUGUGAGAAAACAAUGCUGGUAGAUACAUAAAUGGAUGUGACCAGUGUUUGGCGUGCAAACGUCAGUGGUUCUAAAGAGGAGCCCACAAACAUCAACAAGGCAAAGUCUACUAAGACAGCUGUCAGAAACUUAUCGCAUCAACCAUUUCAAAAGAAUGAUCAGACCAUACAACUAGCUGUAAUAAGAUGGUCACUCAAACCAUAACAGCGCUCAAAAAGCACUCCGCCUUUUGAAAAACACAACAGAGUGACAUUUGAUUUUUGAAGUUUUUCUGCAUAUUUUCUACUUUACUGUACACUUAGCCUGAUUUAUUUUCAGGUCCUGGGUUAAUGCAUCUAGUACUGGUCAAUGAGUCUUUGUGACAGUAUAGCCUGUCAGCAGUCAGUCAUUGAUAGCACUUGUAAUCAUGCUGAAAUGACUUUGAAACCCUUGUUAUGUUGUACUUAUCUUUGUAAUGUUUUUGUUGGCCAUUUCAGUUGAAUAAUUUGUGCCUUCUUGUAAACUAGUAAUAGGACAUUUACCCCAUAUAUCACUUGCUGUCAAUGAUACAACUGGUUAUUUAGAAUAAAAUGUAGUGACAUAUUGUAGAGUCUUUGAGGAAACGUGCACAGAAAUGGAGAGAAAAUGUGCAACACCCUUAGAGAAGAAGUGACCAGGUCAGGAUUUAAUCCCAAAUCAAAGGAACUAUUAAAGCAACGGACUGAAUCACUGCUCCAUCAAUCCAUCCUAUAUUCCAGCGCAAAAAAAUGUAAUACCCAUUUCAUUAUCUAAUACAGGUUUAAAUUAAAUAACAUAAAAUUGUCUAACAUUAGUGCCGUUUUAUAUUUCUGCCUUGUUUGUUUUUAAGUUUUGUACAUGUGCACUUCUAUUUCAAUUAAAGCUUAUUACAACAAACAAUAGUUUAACAUAACAUUCAUAAACAUGCUUAAUCUCAUUUAAGGUUCGGAAAUGGAACCUAAAAGUAACACGUGAGUUUUCUUUAAGCUUUUUGGUUAGAAUGUGCUAGGUUAUGGUAAUAAUAGGCAAUAAUUUUUCCUCAAAUCUUCCUAAUAAGCACUGUAUAAAUUCCCUGGAGCUUUUUGUCAACAAAUGGAAAAAAGAAUUAUAGUACAGUAAUUUGUCUCACCUGAUUUUGCUUUAAAAUUAUUAAUCAUAUUGUGGUCUAUGAAAGGCACAUGAAAUGAAGAUUAUAUGAUUCACUUUCAUGCGUAAUGGCAGUUUGAAAUUACUAAUCCUCAGCAUUUUGAGUGUAUGAUUGCAUCCAAAUAAAAACACAUGAAUGAA